AUGAUAUCUACUGAAUAUUCUGAAGAAAAAAUACCGCUAGCUGAUAAGGGUGUUCCUAACCCUUAUCAGCUAGCGGUAUAUCUGGCUGUAGCGAAUGCGGAACCUCGUAAUCCACACACUCUAGUGGUUUUGCAACAAAGGAGAAGUGAACUAGCCCAAGAAACUAACGGAUCCGCUCAAGAAGGACCACCUUUUAAUUCUCGUUAUGAAGAAACAGAAAAUGACUCCGAAUCAACCCAAAUACAAGAGUCUUAUGAAGAAAGUAAAAUCCACAGGAGAAAAGGUCAUCAUACGGAUCAGCUCGAAUUGAAGGAGUCGCUGAAGGAGCUGACAGGAUACACGGAUGUAAUAGAAGCGUUUAAAGUAAUCAAGCGUUUAUCAGGACACAAUGACAUAGACGGUAUAUUUGAGAUGCUACAACGCAUGUCUGGAAGAAAAGGUAUAUCUGACGUCAUCGAUUAUUACGAUCACGAAGUGGACCAUGAGAAAGAUUUGAAAUAUGCUUUGGAAGAACUUCUACAAGAAACAGCGAGAGUUAGCUUAAGGGUGAUAGUUGAGAAAUUCUAUCAACUAUUUGGAAAGACUGAUUUGGUACAUGUUCAGACGGAAGUUCAGCGCUUAUACCAUCACGACAUGACGGCCUUGGAAGUUAUAGAACAGAUACAAAUAGAGUCCAAGAGUACUGAUAUACUGGAUUUCCUGAGGAAAUUACUGACAUAUACCGAAACAAAAUAUAUCUUCGUUUUAAUGGACGCCCUUAAAGCGUACACGAGUGUUGAUAUCACCAUUUUUUUCCAAACGUUGCGAAGAAUAACAAACACCACGAACAUCAGCCUCGCGGUCGUGAAGAUACGGGAAUUGUUAAACGUUAAAGUUCUCGAAGAUUCUAUUGCUGUCACUGUCGAAUUUACUGGUGUCGAAGAUCCAAUUAAAGCUAUAAGUGACUUGAGAUCGGCGACUGAUGAAAGUGAUAUGGUAAAAGCAAUUGAAUUUGUGAGGAGUAAGAGACCUAGACGCAAUAUUAUAAGUACAACAUCAACAGCGGCAGCUCCAUUAACAACAAAUAAACCAACAUCUCCCAUAGUGACUCCAAUUUUAAAGCCACUAGUUCUUCCAAAAACUCAACUAAACUUACAGAAAUCAAUUGUUGACAACGAGAACACUUCUCUUAACAUAAAGAAAAGCCAACAAACCGUUUUUAAUGAACAGAUUAUCAAUGUCAUUGCUCCUGGUGAUAAACCAUCUCCAAGGCAUCCUAAUUCAUCAUCUAAUUUCGAUGACAAGCUAUCGUCUACUGAUCAACCAGCCUCUACUUUUAGAGAUGAUAAUUCUCCUAACCAGCGAACAGGCUCUUCACAAACUCCUGAUGACAAGCAAUCGCCAAAUGAUCGACCAGCUUCUACAUCUGGAGAUGAUAAUUCUCCUAACCAGGAAACAGGUUCUUUACCAACCCCCGAUGAUAAGCAAUCACCUAGUGAUCGACCGGCUUCUACAUCUGGGGAUGAUAAUUAUCCUAACCAGGAAACAGGUUCUUCACCAACUCCCGAUGACAAGCAAUCGCCUAGUGUUCACCCAGCUUUUACUCCUGGAGACGAUAAUAUUCCUAAACAGGAAACAGGUUCUUCACCAACUCCUGAUGACAAGCAAUCACCUAGUGAUCGACCAGCUUCUACAUCUGGAGAUGAUAAUUCUCUUAACCAGGAAACAGGUUUUUCACCAACUCCAAAUGAUAAGCAAUCACCUACUAAUUACCCAGCUUCUACUCCUGGAGAUGAUAAAACUUCUAGCCAGCAACCAGGUUCUUCACCAACUCCCGAUGACAAGCAAUCGCCUAGUGAUCGACCACUUUCUAAUCCUGGAGAUGAUAAUUCUCCUAAGCAGGAAACAGGUUCUUCACCAACUCCCGAUUACGAGCCAUCGCCUAGUCAGCGUCCAGGUUCUUCACCAACUCCCGAUGAUAAGCAAUCGCCUAGUGAUCGACCAGCUUCUACAUCUGGAGAUGAUAAUUCUCCUAACCAGGAAACAGGUUCUUCACCAACUCCCGAUGACAAGCAAUCGCCUAGUGAUCAACCAAUUUCUAAUCCUGGAGAUGAUAAUUCUCCUAAUCAGGAAAAAGUUUCUUCGCCAACUCCCGAUGACGAGCCAUCGCCUAGCCAGCGUCCAGGUUCUUCACCAACUCCCGAUGAUAAGCAAUCGCCUAGUGAUCGACCAGCUUUUACAUCUGGAGAUGAUAAUUCUCCUAACCAGGAAACAGGUUCUUCACCAUCUCCCGAUGACAAGCAAUCGCCUAGUGAUCGACCCGCUUCUACAUCUGAAGAUGAUAAUUCUCCUAACCAGGAAACAGGUUCUUCACCAACUCCCGAUGACAAGCAAUCGCCUAGUGUUCACCCAGCUUCUACUCCUGGAGACGAUAAUAUUCCUAAACAGGAAACAGGUUCUUCACCAACUCCCGAUGACAAGCAAUCGCCUAGUGAUCGACCAGCUUCUACAUCUGGAGAUGUUAAUUCUCUUAACCAGGAAACAGGUUUUUCACCAACUCCAAAUGAUAAGCAAUCACCUACUAAUUACCCAGCUUCUACUCCUGGAGAUGAUAAAACUUCUAGCCAGCAACCAGGUUCUUCACCAACUCCCGAUGACAAGCAAUCGCCUAGUGAUAGACCACUUUCUAAUCCUGGAGAUGAUAAUUCUCCUAAGCAGGAAACAGGUUCUUCACCAACUCCCGAUUACGAGCCAUCGCCUAGUCAGCGUCCAGGUUCUUCACCAACUCCCGAUGAUAAGCAAUCGCCUAGUGAUCGACCAGCUUCUACAUCUGGAGAUAAUAAUUCUCCUAACCAGGAAACAGGUUCUUCACCAACUCCCGAUGACAAGCAAUCGCCUAGUGUUCACCCAGCUUCUACUCCUGGAGACGAUAAUAUACCUAAACAGGAAACAGGUUCUUCACCAACUCCCGAUGACAAGCAAUCGCCUAGUGAUCAACCAGCUUCUACAUCUGGAGAUGAUAAUUCUCCUAUCCAGCAUCCAGGUUCUUCACCAACUCCCGAUGACGAGCCAUCGCCUAGCCAGCGUCCAGGUUCUUCACCAACUCCCGAUGACAAGCAAUCGCCUAGUGAUCAACCAAUUUCUAAUCCUGGAGAUGAUAAUUCUCCUAACCAGGAAAAAGUUUCUUCGCCAACUCCCGAUGACGAGCCAUCGCCUAGCCAGCGUCCAGGUUCUUCACCAACUCCCGAUGAUAAGCAAUCGCCUAGUGAUCGACCAGCUUUUACAUCUGGAGAUGAUAAUUCUCCUAACCAGGAAACAGGUUCUUCACCAUCUCCCGAUGACAAGCAAUCGCCUAGUGAUCGACCCGCUUCUACAUCUGAAGAUGAUAAUUCUCCUAACCAGGAAACAGGUUCUUCACCAACUCCCGAUGACAAGCAAUCGCCUAGUGUUCACCCAGCUUCUACUCCUGGAGACGAUAAUAUUCCUAAACAGGAAACAGGUUCUUCACCAACUCCCGAUGACAAGCAAUCGCCUAGUGAUCGACCAGCUUCUACAUCUGGAGAUGUUAAUUCUCUUAACCAGGAAACAAGUUUUUCACCAACUCCAAAUGAUAAGCAAUCACCUACUAAUCACCCAGCUUCUACUCCUGGAGAUGAUAAAACUUCUAGCCAGCAACCAGGUUCUUCACCAACUCCCGAUGACAAGCAAUCGCCUAGUGAUCGACCACUUUCUAAUCCUGGAGAUGAUAAUUCUCCUAAGCAGGAAACAGGUUCUUCACCAAUUUCCGAUUACGAGCCAUCGCCUAGUCAGCGUCCAGGUUCUUCACCAACUCCCGAUGAUAAGCAAUCGCCUAGUGAUCGACCAGCUUCUACAUCUGGAGAUGAUAAUUCUCCUAACCAGGAAACAGGUUCUUCACCAACUCCCGAUGACAAGCAAUCGCCUAGUGUUCACCCAGCUUCUACUCCUGGAGACGAUAAUAUUCCUAAACAGGAAACAGGUUCUUCACCAACUCCCGAUGACAAGCAAUCGCCUAGUGAUCAACCAGCUUCUACAUCUGGAGAUGAUAAUUCUCCUAUCCAGCAUCCAGGUUCUUCACCAACUCCCGAUGACGAGCCAUCGCCUAGCCAGCGUCCAGGUUCUUCACCAACUCCCGAUGACAAGCAAUCGCCUAGUGAUCAACCAAUUUCUAAUCCUGGAGAUGAUAAUUCUCCUAAGCAGGAAACAGCUUCUUCACCAACUCCCGAUGACGAGCCAUCGCCUAGCCAGCGUCCAGGUUCUUCACCAACUCCCGAUGAUAAGCAAUCGCCUAGUGAUCGACCAGCUUCUACAUCUGGAGAUAAUAAUUCUCCUAUCCAGCAUCCAGGUUCUUCACCAUCUCCCGAUGACAAGCAAUCGCCUAGUGAUCGACCCGCUUCUACAUCUGAAGAUGAUAAUUCUCCUAACCAGGAAACAGGUUCUUCACCAACUCUCGAUGACAAGCAAUCGCCUAGUGUUCACCCAGCUUCUACUCCUGGAGACGAUAAUUAUCCUAAACAGGAAACAGGUUCUUCACCAACUCCCGAUGACAAGCAAUCGCCUAGUUAUCGACCAGCUUCUACAUCUGGAGAUGUUAAUUCUCUUAACCAGGAAACAGGUUUUUCACCAACUCCAAAUGAUAAGCAAUCACCUACUAAUUACCCAGCUUCUACUCCUGGAGAUGAUAAAACUUCUAGCCAGCAACCAGGUUCUUCACCAACUCCCGAUGACAAGCAAUCGCCUAGUGAUCGACCAGCUUCUACAUCUGGAGAUGAUAAUUCUCCUAACCAGGAAACAGGUUCUUCACCAACUCCCGAUGACAAGCAAUCGCCUAGUGUUCACCCAGCUUCUACUCCUGGAGACGAUAAUAUUCCUAAACAGGAAACAGGUUCUUCACCAACUCCCGAUGACGAGCCAUCGCCUAGCCAGCGUCCAGGUUCUUCACCAACUCCCGAUGACAAGCAAUCGCCUAGUGAUCAACCAAUUUCUAAUCCUGGAGAUGACAAUUCUCCUAACCAGGAAACAGGUUCUUCGCCAACUCCCGAUGACGAGCCAUCGCCUAGCCAGCGUCCAGGUUCUUCACCAACUCCCGAUGACAAGCAAUCGCCUAGUGAUCAACCAAUUUCUAAUCCUGGAGAUGACAAUUCUCCUAACCAGGAAACAGCAAUCGCCUAG